GAAUCCUUCAAGUAGGCUUAGAGUUGAACCCUUCUCAACUGCCAAAAAUGGAAAGAUUUUUUUCUCCCUAUCUUCCAGAGAGGAUUAUACAAUUAGUGCUUGAAAGCUAAGGUUGCUCGGGGGAAGAACGGAAUUCCACACAUCAGUACAGCAUUUCUCACCCACAUUAGUCUGGGUCGGGUCUCCUAGUGAUAUUACCCCUGCCCAGCUGCUUCCCCCGUCCUCCCCCACUUUGCCGGGCUCCGGGGAUUUCUCCGCUUCAAACAGAAGGGCAAACAUGGUGGUGGGACCGCAGUGCAUUGUGUAGAGUCAAGGAGCAGCAUGCAUAAUUAAGUAGUAAUAGGCACAUGGGAAAUUUGCGUAUGUAGGCUGGGCAGGGGAAUGUGAAUGGAGGAGACUUCAUGGGCAUCAUUAUGACUUUCCAAGUAGUGAGAAAUCAUAUACCUGCGCUAGUAGGAGAAAGCGAUAGUAUGUCCUUUACAGUCCAAUUUAGCAGGGAAAACUUUGAGGCCUUUAUUAUUAGGAAACUUUCAGGAUUUUUCUCUAGGGGUUUGUACACAUGGGGUCCAGGUAUGGAAGUCUUUCUGUCCAGGCUGUUAUAAGAAUUUGAAAAUUGAAUUGUUUUUGUGCUCAAAAGUUUCCUUGCCCUGUGUGUUGACAGGAUNACGGUUUUGCCAGAUACACGUAUACAAGGCCUGAAAACCAAUUUUCAUUUGAUGGAAAUCACUCUCAGGAGGUCUCUCAGCUGGUGAAAGUGGCACAUUUAAAAGAUGAGACUAAAUGCCACAAACACAAAGGGGAAGGGAAACACUUUUACUGUGAAACAUGUCAAGAGUUAAUCUGCCGAGAUUGUAGGGUUGUGGACCAUCGUAAACCUGAACACCACUCUAUGGAUUCUAAGGAGGCUUCUCUCAAAUACAAGCAAUCACUGAUGAGAGAUAUGCUUCCAGACUUAACCACAGACAUAAAACGACUGGAACAAUCUUUGGCUGCUUCAUCUCGAGCACAGCAAAGGUUUACGGAGAAUGUCACAAUGACUGUAAAAGCUGUACAGGACAGAGCGGCUAAAAUGAGAGCGGAGAUAACAUCUCAAGAGAAAAAGUUGAUUGGUGAGAUCAAUCAAACUCAGCAGGAUCGCAACAGAAUGUUCGAGGAGCAUCAGAAAACAAUAAGCACUAUGCUACAAGGAAAACAAAAUUCACUGGUGAUGGCCAAAGAAAUCACCGAUACUGCAUCAGAACGUGGCUUUCUGUCCCUCUAUCCUAUCAUCAGCAAGGACUUGAUAUCACUGAAGAGGCCAAAUCCUCCCAAGAUUGACCACGAGCUGUCGUAUCUGAAUUUUACUCCAGAUCCAAGGAUUGAUAAACUGAACCUUGGCAAAAUCAAGUUGAAAAUUGACAAGUGGGACAAGCGUCACGAGUUUGGCAAACGAGGAAGCAGUCGAGGAAAGUUUGAUAUGGCUCGAGGUAUUGCCGCAGCACAAACGGGGGAUGUUGCUGUGGCAGAUUGUUGGAACAAGCGAGUGGUGAUCUGCGACAAUGAGGGUCAACACAAGAAGUACAUUCCCCUGCAAUCACGUCCAUGGGACACUGCAACUAUCCACAAUCAUGACAAUCAGUUGGUGGUUGUAGAUGACACCAAGUAUGUCAAGGUGUUCGAUAAGAAGAACAAGCUGGCCUUCCAGUUCCCCACAGUGCCACAGAGUGAGGUUGACAAGACAGAAGUGAACCUCUGCAGUGUAGCAGUCAGGAAGGAUGGCACCAUCCUAGUGGGUGAUGUCAAGAGGAUGGUGUGGACGGAGCAUAGACCCACUGAUGGUCAGCUCCUACACACCGUACCGGUGCAGACUCCACCUUACUUCCUGGCUGUUGACGACUGCUCUGAUAGAGUCGUGGUCUGUGGAAGCAACAAACAGAAAGUGGAUAUUGCUUCUAGCAAUGGUAGAAUACUGGCUAGCAUCAAACCAACUAUCAGUGGUCCCCCUGUCAUGCACUGCUUUGGUGUCUGCUGCAGCAGUUCAGAAAUUUACAUUGCAGUAUGCAAUGAGCCCGGCACUGGUCACAUUCACCACUAUGACCUGGAUGGCAUUUUUCUCACCUGCCUGGCUCAGGGUCUGUACUCACCUCGUGGAAUCACAUUCACAUCGGAUGAGCAGCUGGCAGUGGCAGAUAAAUACUCAGUCAAGAGAUAUCACAAGGUGUGAUGUCAUCCAAGACACCAAACGAGAUUUGAAGCUUUUCAUGGUGGAGGUAGCAGGUAAACUGCAUGUAGGUAGGUUUGCGGUAGUACCAUGGAUCUCUCUUCUUUGAGCAAGUGGGAUUCUAACCCCAAACCCACGGUGCUACCGCAAAUAUAUCUAAAGACAUCAAACAUCAAUCUCCUGCAUUAUCAUUAAUCUGAUGUGCAACAGCAAAUGCUGAUGAGAUUGUCCAGUCACUGCAGCACCAAUCACCCUUCACAUUUCACAACUCUNAAAUCUUCAAAUCAAAUAUAUGUCCAUUGUCCUCACUAUAUUUCUGUCACA